UUACAUCACAUCACAUCACAUUAUAAAUAAAAUUAACUAAAAACUCUUUGGACGGCGAACGAGCGAGCGAACGAUUGAUCGUUACGUUCCCGACCGUCGCAUUCCAAAUCCCUUUCUUCUUCGCUGCGCCUGUUUGGUUUUCCUAUCCAAACUAACACACAAACUCACCGUUUUAAUUAACGGAACCAAACGCAACGUAACUCUAAGCUUUAGGUGGGCAGAAGAAGGUUGUUGUAGAAGCCAUGGUUCUUGACAGCAUUUUGUCGUCUUCUCCUCGUUUGAAGUCUCCAUCUUUCAGGAGACAGUUUGCUAAGGAUGGACUUGGUAGUUGGUCUGCAAUUUACCACAGGCAUCGUUUCCUCUUAUCUGCACUUGUGCUCCUUACCAUCCUCUGUACUGUUUAUCUUUACUUCGCUAUCACUUUAGGGUCGUCCACUGGCUCCUGUUCUGGGUUGGUUGGAGCACAGAAAGCUUCAUGCCAUUUGGAGCUUGUCAAGGAUUCUAUUUCCAAGGGAAAACUGAAAUUUCGUUGAUAUUUCAAAUAUAAUUAUUGGAAUUUUUGUUGCUAAUCCCUCCACCCCAGAGUAUAGGUGACAUGAAGUCCAAAUAGUCUUCUGUUACAAUAUUUGUCUGAUAUAUAUACAGAGUUUAUCUCAGUAUAUUUUUAUGUAUGAUACGGGCAGCAACCCAUUUCUUAGAUACAUUAUGUUAAUUUUGAUGACUGGUUGCAUAUAUAUUUUUGAGAAUUGUACAAGUUUGAAUUUACCUAUUUUUAUGUUCAUUUGUCUGAUACAUCCUAUGCUAGAGACCUUUUCUGAAAUAUCUAGUUUGUAAUUGUAGGGGACAUUUGAUAAGAUUGGAUCUACAGUCAAUUUGUUUUGACAGUGUAGAGUAUCAUAAUUGAUUCUGUCUCAUGAAUUGUGAGUUUAGUGAAAAA